CUUUUUUUUUUUUUAAAAAUAAUGUUUGUUUAAUGUUGUUCAUUCAUACUUUAAUAUGUGAUACAAAUAAAGCCGAAAUAGAUUAUUUCCAAGAUGUAUCGUUGAUAACUCAGUGAGGGAACAUCGAAAGUUAUGCUCCAGAAGGCUGUAGAAUCAUCAUGUGCUGGAAUCGAAUUAUAUGUGAAUAUUAUCAUGCCACUAAGGUUGUUUUUUUUAAAGUUUAUGUUUGUUCUUAACGUGUUACUUAUAGCCGAGACGUCUCGAGACGUGUUACCCGUGGUCCGUUAUCCCAUCGGGGUAUCAGUACGGUUCCCAUACAGCUGCGUCUUGUUAUUCUGUGUCGGAACACCGUCCGCUUGCUGUGUGUGUGAUCUGGCAGUGAAGUGUGUGUGUGCAGUGUGUGUGCAGAGUGUGUGCAGAGUGACAUCAUGGUCACCUGAUCUCGGUACAGUCACAGCACACACCGUAUUCCUCCACACACACCGCCGUCCUGGGAGGAGCGCGGCGAUCCGAAGCCAGCCAGGGCGAGAACCUCGUCGUUCCUCUUCUUCGGCUAGUUUCUCCAAGAAAACGUCUGCGUGGACGUGACUGCGGAGUUCAGAGCAGACAAGUUCGAACUCAUUUGCAGUGGGAAGGGGGGCUCUGCGCAUUUCUGCCGGCUGCGUUCUUCUUCUUGUCCUUUCCUUUUCCUUGGGAAUGCCAUGAUGGGGGACUAGAACCGAUUCCAUGUAACUAGCGCCGGAUCGUCUCCGCGCCGCUCCGUGUCUCUUCCCCCGGGCGCUCUCCUCCACGUGGGGAAACGUGGUGAACGAGCAUGACUUUGGACGGGGAAUCGAACGAGGAGCUCCACAUCGACGUGGUGGGGGACGGAAUGAAGGACAGCCGCAUCAUGUCGCAUCUCCUGCCGCUACCUUUGCCUUUGGAGGACACGGGUAUUGGGUCCAGACCCAGCGGGACGGCGAUCCCAGAGGCGAAGCCGGGCAAAGAGGAUGAGCGUGAGGGCAGCGGUGCCGCCUGCGAGCAGCAGCAGCAGCAGCAGCAGCAGGAGCAGGCUGCCCCGGUGAAGCCGCCCUACUCGUACAUCGCCCUCAUCACCAUGGCCAUCCUGCAGAGCCCCGAGAAGCGACUCACCCUCAGCGAGAUCUGCCACUUCAUCAGCCGCCGCUUCGCCUACUACCGCGACAAGUUCCCCGCGUGGCAGAACUCGAUCCGCCACAACCUGUCCCUCAACGACUGCUUCGUCAAGAUCCCGCGGGAGCCCGGAAACCCGGGCAAGGGCAACUACUGGACGCUGGACCCCAACUCGGCGGACAUGUUCGAGAACGGCAGCUUUCUGAGGAGGAGGAAGCGCUUCAAGAGGCAGCAGCUCGCCAGCUUGCGCAAGGGGCCGCGCGUCGUGAUGGAGCGCGGCGAGAUGUGCUCUCCGAGCUACGCGUCCUACGCCCUGGGGGGCGGCUGCUUCCCCCUGCCGGGCCUGGAUGUGUACGGCCCGGGCAGCCCGCACUACGCCCCCGUCGCACCCGUGAGCAGCAUCUUGCCGGCUCUGUCCACCCUGUUCUCCAGGACAGCCCUGGUCUCCAAGGCGCUCCUUCCGUCGCACUCGCUGCUGUUCGAGUCCCCCGCCGCCCCCAGCCUCAGCUCCUCCUUGGAGAUGAGCUCGCAGUUAGUGAGUCCGCGUGUCUUGGGCGCGCCGCGGUACCAGACAGCGCAGAGCACAAGGAGCGGCCAAGUGGCCGGAAGCGCGCAAGCGAGCGCUGCGUCUCUCUCGCGUCUCUCCUGUUGUUUGGUCUCAGGUAAUAAAUAGGCGCGUCAAAGUCGGCUUUUGGAGCGAGAGGGAAGCCUGUUCAGUCUUCUUGUGCGUAGAUGAUGGAUUGUCGCAGUGAUCUGUGUGUGUGUGUGUGUGUUUUGUCUGGUAUCUUACUUAUAGGAAUUUUGUCGUACCUUUCUUACGAUUUGUUCUUUUUUUUUAUAUGCAU